AAAAAUAACAAACUUUUUUAUACAUCAUCCAACACUCUUCCCUAUAAUUAAAGCUCCUAUAUUCACUCUAUCUUGAAUAACUAAACCCUUAUAAUUGAUGAUUAAUAUGCUUUUGUUUGUCAAUUAUAACUAAAUUUGGGAAUAUCUUCUCCUAUUUCUCAACAAUAAAUAGUUCAUAGUUGUUAUUUUGGUUUAUGCUUUUAUCCAAUUUGUGUCCCAAAUUAUUGUUUGUAUUGAACUCAAGUUUUGCUGGGCUUGCCCCAUAUUCUUCAAAGCUUCAUUAAUGCCUCCUCCCAGUCACAUUUCAAGACAAUUUGACGAUGCUCAUCAUCAUAAAUUGAACCCGCUUAUUUCAAGCAACGGAGAUUCACAAUCGCAAAUUGUUCCGAAAGGCAAAGCCAUGAAUGAAUAUGGGGUGGCCAAAAAUGGGCGUGUCAAAAUACGUGGGAUUAGACAAAUUGUAAGCUUUAAAGAAAUGAUUCGAAAAUGGAAAGAAGUCACCCUCAAUACGCAACUCAAAAACUUAAACACAGAGGAUUCAGACGAGGAAGAUUGUAACAACUCCAACUAUCCACCAGACGUUCCUGAGGGUAAAUUAGCAGUUUACGUAGGACCAGAGCAUCGAAGGUUCGUGAUACCCACCACGUACCUUAAACAUGAUCAUUUUAUAAAACUACUUAAAAAGGUUGAAGACGAGUACGGAUUUGAUCAUGGUAACAACCUUCAUAUUCCAUGUGAGAUCGAGACAUUCAAGUUUCUCAUCAUCUGCAUUGAAAAUGAAAUUAGGGCAAAGGAGGACGUCAAGAAUAAAUGUAACAUGGGAAGAGGUAAACAAACCUUAUACCAUAACACGACCUCGUUAUCAAAUAAUUGUCAUUUACUAACGUUAACAAAUUUGGAAAAUUUUCCAGCUAAAGCAUCUACAUCUAAGGCUUAAUUGAUCAAAUAAUUCGUAUUGGUCCAGCACUUGAAGACUCUUAGGCAAUUUUUUUCGCCAUAGGUGUAAACUAUGAUUUCCGUUAGUUAUUUGUAUUGUUCCUUUGAUUUAAAUAUUAAAUCACACGGAUCAUUGUUAUUCUAAUCCUUGUUUAUAACUUUUGGAGUUGCAAGGAGUGAAAAAUUUUAUUUGUUAUUUAUUUUAGUCCAUAAAUAAUAAUGGAGAAUAUUCAAUUAUAAUUGUAACCAA